AGCUGGCGCAGUGAAUCAUGUGCAGUUCUUUCCUUAUUGCAUUCAGCGCAUGGUUUCACCUUCAGAUUCUUGUUUGUCUCUGUGUCCUUUCCCAAAUAAUAUUACCUUACGGGAACGAGGCCCUUCCCUCUGUCUGGCCAAAUUUCUGUCCUUGGUUACAUGCCGACAACCUCAUUGACAUUGAAAUUGCAGGGGUGUAACUAAGGGUGCUCAUUGCCAUCCGCUUACAGAACAUACAUGAAUAAAGUGACACCCUAGACUCCUUCGAGCAAUUGAUAGAGGAAACUUUAACCUGAGAAUGAAGAGAUAAACACUCAGCAGAACCGUAUGAUUGAAACCACAACCCAGCCCUCUGCUGUUGGACAAGGCUUUGUCCUUUUGCCCUGUACAACCGAUGUUGCAGUAGUUCAGAUGGAUCGCAGCAAGGAGGCAGAGAUGGAAUUACGAAGAUCCUCUAGUCCUAGCAAGGUAAACAAGAGCGACAUUGAUGGAGACAAGUCCAUGUGCCACAGCUGCUGCAUCUGUGGCAAGAGUUUUCCUUUUCAGAGCUCCCUGUCUCAGCACAUGAGGAAGCACACAGGAGAGAAGCCCUAUAAAUGUCCUUACUGCGACCAUAGAGCUUCCCAAAAGGGCAAUCUGAAGAUACACAUUCGGAGUCACAGAACAGGCACUUUAAGUCAGGGGCAUGAGGUGGAGAUGGGAGAAGCACAGCUUGGAGAGAUGGGAGUCUCAGAAGGCCUUGACGGAUGUACCAGCCCCACCAAAAGUACAUCUGCCUGCAACAAGAUUCUGAACGGGGCAACUCAGGCAGACAACAGCAAGAUUUUGUUGAGAAGCAGCAAGAAGGAGGUUGUCACAGAGGCACCACCUGCAGAAGAUUGCAAGCUACCCACUUAUCAGUGCACCUUCUGCAAAAACAAGUUUGAGAGAAAGAAAGACCUGGAACAGCACCUACAUCAAGUCCAUAAGCCGUACAAAUGCAGGCUUUGUAGCUACAUGACAUUAAGAGAAGAGACACUGUUAAACCAUAUAGAGAAAGACCAUAUUACAGCUCAAAUUCCAAACGGGGAAGCUUACACCGAGAAUUGCAAGAGUGAGCUGAAUGCAGGGGAAUUUCCUUGUGAAGUCUGUGGUCAGGCCUUCAGUCAAACCUGGUUUCUCAAAGCUCACAUGAAAAAGCAUAGAGGAUCAUUUGAUCAUGGAUGCCACAUUUGUGGCAGAAGAUUUAAAGAACCCUGGUUUCUCAAAAACCACAUGAAAUCACACGGUCCAAAGACGGGGAGCAAAAACAAACCAAAAAAUGAUUUAGAGCCCAUAGCCACUAUUAAUAAUGUGAUUCAGGAGGAAACAAUUGUGACUGGCUUAUCUCUGUAUGAAGUUUGCACCAAGUGUGGGAAUCUGUUUACAAAUAUGGAAAGCCUAAAAGCACACAAUGCUGUACACUUGAGAGCUCAAAGAAGCAGUACUGAGAACAAGGCUGAGGGGUUAAUUGAUGGAAGCCUAGAUCCAUCUGUAAAUAAGCAAUUUUUCUUACAGUGCCUGAAUCUGAGGCCAGCUGUAGGGAUAGAUAGAGUUACAAGUGGACAGCCUGGAAAAAGGGUAGCUGAGCUGGAUCCAGUCAGUAGCUACCAGGCCUGGCAGCUGGCCACCAAAGGAAAAGUAGCGGAGCCUUCUGAGUAUGUAAAAUAUGUGGGAUGGGAUGAAGUCCUUGCUGAUGCAGAUGUGACUUAUGACAAGGAUAAAAGAGAAUAUAUUCUUGUCAGCCAGGAGAAGCGCAAGCGAGAUCAGGAUUCACCCAGCUCCUCCAGCAACCCCAAGAAGAAAAGCUGUGUCAGUGGGCGCUUGGAGAAGAACAGCAAUGUGCAACAAGGAGAAAACUGUAUCCUUGCCCAGAGCGACCUGGACUACAGACCCUCCUCAAGGCAGAGCAGAAGGGCAUCCCAAAACAAGUCUACCGAGUGCUUUGAGUGUGGAAAGAUUUUCCGCACCUACCACCAAAUGGUGCUCCAUUCGCGGGUGCACAGGAAAGAACGCAGGCGCUGCAGUGAGAGUGGGACCAUUGCUCAGCCAGACCGGUAUGGAUCCAGCAGUGAAGAAGGGGAUUCUGGUUCUGUUAGUGGGCCAAGCACUCCAGGCUCAGCGUCUGCCCCAGAAGAUUCUGUGACCUCUGGAAUGGGUGAGGAGGGUGCUGAGGACAGCUCUGAGGAAGGAGUAUCUGAACCAUCACUAGGUAAAAAGCCAUACCACUGCAGUUUUUCUGAAGAGGGGGCACCAAUGGUAACAUCUCAGGUAGAAGAGCUUCCUAAAUUUGGAAGUGACAAUGCCAGAGAAAAAGAUGCCAAUGAAUCUAAACCAGAACUAUCAACUUUGGUAUCUACCCUGGAAAACAAUAUCAAACGGCCCUUUCCAAAGUAUGAAGCUCAGAGAAAUUCUUCAGACUUAAAGAUGCCAGUGUUUCAACCUAGACAAGAGCUUCCCUGCUCCAGUAGUACUGCUGACUUUGCUUCGGGAGUGGGCCAGACAUCUUUAGAUGCGGUAGUGGACUUGAAAACCUCAUUGGAAAAGCAGGCUAGUCAGCCUAAAGAAAAUUUCUCAGACUUGUGCAGGGAGUACCCUGUUCUCGAAAAAGGGAGAGAGGCACAAGAUAUGGCUCCACUAGAUUUAAGUGAAAAAUCAACGAGGGCUGAUUCAUGCAAUAAGGGUUUUACCUCAUCUUUGCAGGCUGAUUUGAUUGUCCACCCAUGUCCUUACUGCAACCAUAAGACCUAUUACCCUGAAGUCCUGUGGAUGCACAAAAAAAUUUGGCACAAAGUCAGCUGUAACUCGAUGGCUCCACCAUGGAUUCAACAAAAUGGAUUCAAGAGUAUAAAAAACAACUUGGUUUUUCUGGCAAGAAGUGGACGCACUGGUCCUCCUCCAUCCCUUGGUGGUAAAGAAUGCCCACCUUUGCCUGUUGCCAGAUUUACACGCACUCAAGUACCAAAUGCGUUGCCAGGAUCUAAAAGCAAUUCUUCCCCUGUUGGGAUGACUACAAAGCCUGGUAGUAUGCAUCAGUCUAAGGACAGCCAUUCGUUUGGCCACUGCGGUCCACGGUCAUCGGGUCUUGAUGGGUACAGGCAGCCCAAAUCAAACCAUACCCAGGAGCAGCACAGCAUAGCAGCACAACAGCCUCAACUUAAAGCUAAAUAUGAAGUAAACUCCAAACUGAUGCAAGCGGGAAGCUUUAGUAGAAGCCUAACACCCACCCAGACAGUCGUCUCAAGGCCCACCUCACAGCCUGCCAACAGUAAACAGGUGGAGAAGUAUAUGAUUCCCCAAGGAAGUGCUGGUUUUCACUCUUCAAGUAAGCAUUGUGCAUCUGACCCCAUAAAAGCCAAAUUCAACCCACUGCCUCAGUAUCACCCUCUGUGUAAAACUGAGCAGUACAGUAAACAUGAUGAUCCGUCAGUGCCUCAACGGGAAUCUCACACCAAGACAGGGAAUGAGAUGAGGACAUUGGCAAACUGCACAACAGGAGCAAGAGCGAGUCCACUAAUGCAGCCUCAGCCUAGCACAGCAGGAGCUUCUCCAGCUUUACACUCCAUCAAACAAGAACCAGCAUCAGAGGGGCACGAGAAACGUUUGGACAUUUUUUUUAAGACCUACAUUCCAAAGGACCUUGCUUCGUUGUACCAAACCUGGGGUGCCAAUAGCCCUGUGCUGGAUCAUGCAGGGAUGCUUAGGACACAAACACGCCAAGGAGACUAUGUCUGCAUAGAAUGUGGAAAAUGCUUUAACCAGCACAGUCACUUCCGGACUCAUAUGAGGUCCCACACAGUGGUAUUUGAGUCUAAUGGACUCCGAGGUACUGAAGUUCACACCACCUCCGCAGAUGCCCCAAAACAAGGGAGAGACCAUUCCAAUGCAGAUAUUGUCCAUACAGUGCCUCUCAGAAAGGGAACCUAAAAACACAUGUACAGUGUGUGCACCGGGUACCCUUUGACAACAGCCAGUACCCUGAUCGACGAUUCCAACAACCACAAAGUGAUGAUCCCAACAACCCUAUAGAAGAACAGCUGGAAAACUUCCCUACAAGCCAUCAAAUCUCUGGAGUCACUGUGCUAGAGUGAAAACAGUGCUCUGCUAGAAUGGAGAUGCCUCUGCACUGUUAAUCAUUUUAAAAUAAAUGAAGAUGCUACACAAGAUAUAUAUAAAUUGACAUACUAAUCAGUCCCAUGGUUCCUUAUUUCCUUUAUAAUAAACAGUGGAGUUGGCAAGCACUGUGGCAGUGCAAGGCAUCUAUAUUAAUCAAGAUAAGUUUGAGACACUGGAAUAAUUAAACUAUAUGUGAUUUGGACAGCGUGAAGAAUUUAAGUACUGUAACAAAAACCUCCCUGAUGCUCAGAAUGACUAUUUGAUACAUUUGAAAAACAGCAGUGGAUUUGGGGGCCGAACAAGUAUUAAUUAAUGAAACUGCCACUGCUUGUCAUGAGGAAAAAUAAACUUUUAAAAAGGAGGACGGGGAGGGGGAAAGAGGUGGCAUUUGGUGCUUUGGAGAGCAGUGCUUGAUGAAGGACUAAAGAGGAGACCAUCAUUCUACAAUGGUUUGUUUCAUUACAGUUUGGGGACCACUUGCAUUUCUAAAUCUCUUGUUCUUGACUGCGCACCAUUAAUAGUAUGUGAAUAUGGAAAUUGAAACACUUCCACAGAAAUGCUUAUAUUCUGCGUUGGAAAAGAAAAAGCUGGUUGAACACUAAGAAAAAUAGGCUUUGGUGUUUUACUCUCAGGACCUUUUUUGUAACAGGGCUACUUUCUUUGACCUGAUCACAAAGGAAGUCUGCACGUUUUAAAAAAUUAUUCAGCUGUUUAAAGCCGCUGAUCUGUACGUUUUUAAUAGAAAAGGAGUCGCUGAACAAGUUCAGGCUGACCUAGGCCCUUAGGGUACUGGACGCUCCUGUAUUUUUGUUCAGCAAGCCAGUUACCCUUCCUUUCUGGGCUUGGUGACAUUUUGAAAAGAUGAGUAACUUCUUUUGUGGUGGCAGGUUAAUGUUCAUAUAAUGUGUCAUGUCUUGUACUUGGUUAUCACUGGUGGUGUUAGGAGG